AUGAAUUCCUUAGAGAGUCCCUUGAAGCCGGACAAAGAGCAAGUGGCGACGAGGCAUGAUGUUGAGGAACGCACCGGAAAUUUCCAAGACGAGCCCAUCUCAAGCGGAACGGAAUAUCCCCCGACCUUAUUCGCAGGAACCACGCAGGAACCACCUCCAUCUCGUCUAGCCAAUUGUCUACUCACUCCUGCGGCAACAGCCAUAGUCGCGGCGAACACGCAAGCACGAGAAAUAGCCCACCCCCAGGACGUACUACAACAUCUCCAGACUCUGUGGUGGCUUCCUCGUGGGGUACCCCACUUGCUUGGGAUACUCCACUCCCUUCGCCUGCCAUGCUAUUGGGGCACCCUAUUCGUUCACCUCGUCGCAAGUACAUUUGUUGAUCCUGAUGAAAUUGAGGUCGGGACGUAG